GGCUAUCCGGGUUUGCAGCCCAUUCUGUUUUUCUCAAGAGCCGACUGCAAAACUUUGAGCCGGCUUUGGAACUUCGGCUUUGGAACUCUGGUUUUGGAACUUCGAUUUUCAAUACAUUAAAUAUUCUUCAAAUAAGUCGACCGUUGUGCAUUAAAUGCGCCCUCAUAACCGGCUAUAAAGUGGAGCCGGCUCUGCUUCCAUUUUCCGUGCACGUCAAAAUAACAGUCAAAUUUCUGGCCUGUAGAGCCGACUCAACAAAAUCUGUAGCCGGCUCUCUGCAUUUUUGCUUCCCAGAGCCGGCUGCAAUUUUCUUAAGUUGGCUUUCUGCAUAUUUUUAUCCUUUGAGCCCUUUUUAAUGCAAUCUCAUUUUGCUUACUUUGCAGUAUAUUGGCAAUUUAACUACUGUCAUAACUCAAAUUUUAAUAGAAUUUUAUUUUCAUUUUUAUGUUUUCCUUGUUAGGUUUUGGAGCAAAAAGGAAAAUUUAUGAAGAAGAUUGGGAAGGAAGAUGAGAGAAAGGACUCAAUUGAAGAAAUUGAAAGGGCUGAAAAGGUCCCCGUCCUCUCUCUCCUCCAGAACCUUCUUCGUUCCCCCUGCCCACCAGCCAUCACCGGCCUUGCUCUGCACCAACCCAGCCGCCUGCGCCCCCUGCUGCCAACGCCUGCACUCUCCUCCCGAACCAGCGCCCCCUGGCCUCUGCACGCCUGCACUCUGCGCCCAAUCCCUGCCCUGCACCGAGCCCUGCCUUGCACGCUUCUGUUCUCUCUCCUCUGCGCCUCACUGCCGGCCUUGCUUCCUGCACCUGCUCUGCACCGAAUCUGCGUCAAUCUCCAGCUCUGCAUUGGCCAUCACCGGCAAUCAUGUCAUGCAUGCCUACACCCCUCUGCACUCUCCCCUCUACGCGCCUGAUCCUGCAAUCACGCCCCUGUUGCUUGCACGCCAGUCACUGCUGCUGCACAGCGCCUGCACUCCUGCUCGCUACAGUACAUGCCAGACGAAAUCUUCAUCAUUACCGAUUGACAGGAGCAAGUCUUUUUAUUUUUUAUUUGGGUAUAUAUAUAUGGAAAAAAAUCAGAAGAGGGGGGGAUGGUUGGUUGAUUUUGGGUCUCUUUGUUGGGGAGUUUCGUCUGAGUUUUUGAGAGCAAUAGAAAGCGAUUUACUGG